AUGAGUCUCAAACUCGAUCGAUCGUCGAGCAUCAUGUCAAAUAUUGUUUCAUUACCCAACGAAAGUAUUAAUUCCAUACAAAACAUUCUGCAGUGUCCGUUAUGUAUAUUCGCUACAUCAAACAGGUCAGAGUUCACCGAGCACCUAAUUGUCCAUUACACGUCAAAGUGCAACAAUUCCAGUCUUAAAGCCGUCUUUGCGCAUUUGCCAAUUCUUAAAUCCUCCUUAAAUCAAGAUGAUAACAAUUCUUCUUUUACAUUGGCGAAAUAUAAACAUGAGACAGAAGAGACUGACAAAUCUUCUCUUCGUAUUUCCUGCGUGAAUUUACAAAGUAACAUGGGCAAACAAAACAGAAGUUUCCGAGGGGCUAAAAAUUGUAAACAGUGCAAUUUCAUAGCUAGUACGAAGAUGGAAUAUUGGGAGCACAUGCGUUGCCACAUCAAAGGCUUUACAUGCUCUGAGUGCUCCUUUGUUACCAAGUACAAACAUCACAUGAACCAUCACUGGCUUAGCGUUCACGACGGCUCCAAGCCCUUUAAGUGCAGAAAGUGUUUGUACACAUGCGUAAGCAAAUCGAUGUUGACUAGCCACCUGAAAAAGCACUCGAAUAUCUAUCCAUACAGAUGCGCGGAUUGUAAGUACAAGACCAAAUUCUGUAACGCGUUGAAAAAACAUUUACGAAAGAAGGAGCAUCAGCCGGCAAUGGUUUUGAACGCUGACGGCUCACCGAAUCCACUGUCUAUUAUCGACGUCUACGGUACUAAACGAGGACCCAAGCAGAAAUCAUCUGCUAAAAACCAUGAGAAGAUAUCAAAAAACACUGUCGCAACAAACAACACAAGCAAUCGCCUCGAUUCAAUAGUGACUUCUCCUGCACCUUUGUCACUUUAUUCGUCGAUUGCUCGUUAUUUAACUCAAACUGCGACAAACUGUGGAAUAAGCAAUGGGCAUUGGAUAAAUCAUGAUAUGAAUAAGAAUCAAUCUGUCACUAUGUUUCCUUAUAGCGAUUUGGUCGCCGCGUUCAAUCUUUCGAAUCACGUUCUGCUUCGCGAAGAUGCGACAUUAGCAGAUGAAAAUGUGCAGAAAACGGAUCACGCACAGUCCAACGCUACAUUAACGGAGUAUACAAAGAUGUCGACAAUUUGGAAUGCUGAUAAAAUGCCGGAGAUGAUUGUUCAGAAUUUAUCUCAUUUCGACACAAUUAGUAAUUGUAACAAUAACAUCGGCGAAUCCAAUAUUUCUGAUAACGUAAAAGCUAUUAGCGAAUCCUCGACAUUCGUGGCAGUAAAAUCCCAGUUAGAGUGUUGCAGAACUGAAUCUAUAGAUAUACCAUUGGAUCUUCGCAUAAUCGACGCGAUUAAAAAAAAUCACAUUCAGUUUCAGGCAUUAACUGAUACAUCAUCAAAAGUACUCUCAGGUACUAACAAACGUAAAGGUAAAGCGAUAAAACUGGAACGUCGUUUAGAUAACGUAAAUAAGAAGUUAGAACAAAACAAAGAUGUAUCUUCUAAUGAUAAAUCUCCAUCGGAUGAUUUUUACAAAGUAAGCCAGCAAGUCAAGGAUAGUAAGAACAAAAUCGAUUUAUUUGAUGUUAAACUCACUUGCCACUACUGUGAGAUUGUAUUCGGCAACGUCAUCAUGUACGCCGUACACAUGGGUUGUCACAACUUUGAUGAUCCUUACACGUGCAAUAUAUGCGGCCAUCAAUGUAUCGAUAAAUUAUCCUUCUUUUUACAUAUCGCUCAAUCGGAGCAUUAAUAAAAGUGAAAUUGCCUAUAGUUGAAUGAUAGGUAUAUUUUGCAUACGUGCUUCAGUCAAAAGAAAAGAGUACCUAAUAAUAUGUAUCGCGAAUAUAA